UUCUUGCUGAGCGUUCUUCCGGCUUAACGUUACAUGUAGGAAAAAAGAAAAGACGAAUGGAAAAAAUUGGAAUGCACAAAAAGACCAUUGCCUAGUACUCCGCGAUACGGUCAUAAAUAGUUAAAAUGAGCUCCCAGCAAUUCCCCCGACACGGGCUGCCUGCUUCCAGCGGGGGAGCGCCUCAGAUUUCUGCAGCUGGAAACCUGGUAUCUGUCAGUCAGCCGUCAAAUGCACCAGGCAGUGGAGAUGCAGACAGCAGUCGGGAUGCUGACCAUGGUCAGCAGGAUCAUCCACCUGCCGGAGGAGGGGGGCCCUUGCCUUUCAGAGAUGAUAAACAGGAAACAAUGGUGGUCAGACCUUACCCACAAGUGCAGACACAUGGCCAGCCUCAGGCUACUCCCCAAACUGUGCCCAUCCAGCCUGGCACACCAGUGACUGUACCUGCCCCCUCUGUCCACCUCCCACAGGGCCAGCCUGCAGUCCUCACUGAGGGACAGAUGAAGGCUGUCCUGAAGUCACCUAUGCCAAGUCGUCUUAUUGCCCCGGCACCAGCUUCCAACCAGGGUCAUAUCCCCAUACCCCCCAAGGUGCCUGGUCACAUCACUGUCACCAUAGAUAGCAGUUCUACAACCCCAUCCAUUCCUGUGGCAACUAUCAGUGGUCAGCAGGGUCACUCCAGCAACUUACAUCACCUGAUGUCAGCCAACAUUCAGAUCAUUAGGGGCAGCGCCCCUGCACUGCAGAUCGGGACGCCUGCGGUCCCUCCCCAGACCUUUACAUCCCAUUUACCCCGAGGGGCUGCUGCAGCAGCAGUUAUGUCCAGCUCCAAAACUGUCCUGCGGCCAGCAACCGGAGCAAGCGCGGGCCCUGGCCAGCCCACAGUGCAGCACAUCAUCCACCAGACUAUUCAGUCCCGCCCUGCUGUCACAACGUCUACAGCCGUACUUCCAACUGUGGUGGCUCCCAUUUCAGCAACUAGAACACAGUCCCCAGUCAUCAGCCCAACAGUCACACACUCCGCAGAGGUAGCACAUGGGCGUCCAGGCUUGACCAUUCACCCCCCUCCAGCCACUGUUAGCAUCCAGAGGUCUCAGACAUCCCGUGACACCGCCACACGGAUCACACUGCCGUCUCACCCUGCAAUUGGGGCACAAAAACCUCAGCCUCCACACACCAUGACACAGAAGCCCAUCUUCAGUCCUGUGACACCAGUCGCUGCAGCAACUGUGGCACCAAUUGUUGCCACUAACACUGUGCCAUCAACCACCACAAUAGGCACUGUGCCGCAUACCCAAAUGACCAGUAACACUAUUGUCACCAUGACAAUGGCAUCACACUCCUCUCAUGCUACAGCAGUGACCACCUCUGCCAUCCCUGUUGCUAAAGUUGUCCCUCAGCCCAUCGCCCACUCUUCAUCCCGCGUGCAGCCCGACUACCCCGGGGAGAGAACCAACCUCAUCCCCAUCCCAGGCCAUCGGUCGUCUCCUAACCCUGUCACCAUGGAAGCAAGAAGCGACAACAGGCCUUCUGUGCCUGUGCAGUUCCAGUAUUUCCUGCCGGCGUACUCCUCGUCGUACCCUCUGACUCACACCUACACCCCCAUCAGCAGCUCUGUAUCUACCAUCCGCCAGUAUCCUGUUACUCCUCAAGCUCCGAGUUCAGCACUGCCCACCCAAGCUGGAGUAGGGGUGGCGACCACUGUCCAUCUAAACCACAUGCAGCUCAUGGCGGUGGAUCGGAUUGGUCUCCCAUCAGCACAAAUCAGCACCCAAGGGAUCCAGCCAGCACCAAUCGCUGCACAGGGCAUUCAGCCAGCACCAAUAGGAGUGCAGGGCCUGCACACGUCUGCACCAAUCACCACACAAGGAAUACAGCAGACGCCAAUAGUCACUCAGCAGCAGCAACAGCAACAAGUGCAGUCUGAAGCAAAACCUGGGGUUGUUUUGGCUGAUGGCUUUGUAGCUGGCACCAUCAGCAGCACAUUCGGCACCACCCAGCCAGUAGCUACCAUGGUGCAGGCACAUGCCCAGGGAGGAGUAGGAGGAACACCCACCCUGGUCUCCUCCCCUAGACCCAGCAUCCUCCGCAAGAAGCCUGCUAAUGAAGGUUGUGUUCGUAAGAAUCUAAUCCCCACCCAGCCCAGUGAACCCGGUGGUGGCAGACUUGAAAGCGGCGUUAGAGGAGCAGGAUCUCCCCGGCCUGCAGGAGUGAAACCCAAAGCUGAGGUGCACAUGGCAGUGGCCCCUCCUGUCAUGGCUACAGUAGAGGCGCUACCCUCUCAGGGAGGAGAGCAGCAGGCCGUGUCCUCAAACGCCCAGCACCUCGCUCAGGCCAUCCCCACCAUGCUCGCCACGCCGGGGCCCGUGCCGCCCUCCCAGCCCUCCACUGUCCUCUCCGCCCUGCCAGCAGCCAUGGCGGUAACUCCCCCCGUUCCUGCUUCAAUGGCCAACACUGUGGCCUCCCCCACUCAGCCUGCAGCCAGUAGCACUGCAGCCUGUGCCGCCAGCUCCGCCUGCCCAGAUUUGAAAAUAAAACAGGAGGUGGAGACCAUGGACACCUCCCAGCCAGACCCCAAUGCAAACUUGUCAUCGGCCCCAGCCCUCACCACCCAGGCCUCCACCCUGAACACUCCCGCCACAGGAGAUCUGAUCCCAGGGGCCUCCCCGAGGAAGAAGCCCCGCAAGCAGCAGCAUGUUAUUUCCACAGAGGAGAGCGAGAUGGUGGAGACCAACAGUACAGACGAAGAGAAGACCCCAGGCAGGCCCAUCACCGGCCGGGCUGAGAGGCGCGAGUCUCCACCAAGGGAAUAUGUUGAUGAGGAAGGGGUGCGUUAUGUACCCGUCAGGCCACGACCACCUGUUACCCUUCUACGGCACUACCGGAACCCCUGGAAAGCUGCCUACCACCACUUCCAGAGGUACAGCGACAUCCGGGUCAAAGAGGAGAAGAAGGGCAGCUUACAGGACAUGGCCAACCAGAGAGGAGUCGCAUGCAGAGCACAAGGCUGGAAAAUUCACCUGUGUGCUGCACAGCUCAGGCAGUUGUCGAGUUUGGAGCAUGAUGUGUACAGUCGCCUCUCCACCCUCCAAGAGGGCCUGAUUCCUAAGAAGAGAGCAGGAGCCGAUGAUGACCUUCACCGAAUCAGCGAGCUCAUACAGGGUAACAUGCAGCGCUGUAAGCUGGUGAUGGACCAGGUGACCGAGGCCAGAGACACCAUGAUGAAAGUGCUCGAACACAAAGAGAAAGUGCUGAAGCUGCUCAACAAGAACGGUGCCGUCAAGAAGUCCUCCAAACUGAAGCGUAAAGAACGGGCAUAAGCCGGGGCGGGGGACCUUCUCUGUCGACAACAGACCACCGUCCCCUCUCUGAAGGGGUGAAGGAGCUGCUCAGAAUAUGGUGCUAAGAUUUUCUGCAUACAGUCACAAGCAGCCUCCCAAUCUGCCUGACAGCGGACAGAGAGACGUGACGGGAGGGCUUCAAGAGGCAGAAAAGGCCAUCAGGAAUUGGUUCUCAUUCAAGACCCCACGCACACAUUGAGCGUGGAGUAUUGUAGGUUGCAUUAAAAUGGCCACCUGGACGGCCCCGUCACCGUUUCCCCCAUUUUUGUUCAUUUUUGAAGAGACCAUUUUUACUAACUUAAUUUCUGCCUGUUCUUUUAGACGCGUUUGAACUGGCACAUCUUUGAUAUUUGGCACUAAACGCAGGUGCAGUAAAUCCAUGUAAGUGUUUCCGUUAAGGUUAACUACCUGAAAGUUAUUGAAAUAAAUGAAAAUCAUUUAAAAGCAGUCCUUUAGUGAGCUGUGUGUAUACAGACUAAUCUCAAUCGUGCUCUUCUCAUUAAUCUGUGCCUUCAUUUUGUCGGUGUACGUGAAAUGAACAGGGACAUGUGAACGCUGUUUCACAUGCUGUCGAAAUAUUCUUAAAAUAUAAUUCAAACAAAAGUUUCACAGCUUCCCCCUUUUCUCCGGACAUCCUGCACCUGAAUUAUUUAGUAAAGAUCUGUUCAUGGAGUUUGGGUGACAGUUGUCAUCAGCCACAUUUAGGUGUAAUAUAAAAGAUGAUGGAGUACUCAUGUGGUUUGAGAUUUAAGAAACUGUAGCUUGAGAACCUAAAUGUGGCAAAUUGAAUUGAUUUAAUAAAAAAAUGCUCUUAAAGGAUUAAUAGUGUCCUUAGAUUGUUAUCUGGAAAUAAGAACAUACUGCAUAUGCAAAAUGCCAAGUUAACGACAUUUAAACUACUAUGAAUCAUUGACUUAAUCCAAAGUAAAUAGAUGUCAUGGUGAAAAAAACAAUUUGGUUUGAGACAGUAGAUUGCUUGAAGGACAGAGUGAGUACCCUGGUGUGAUUAUACUGGUGGACUGAAUUCAUGUAAAUCACUGUAAAUGUGCUUUUGGUUUUCCAUUGACCUGGUUCUUUUCAAGUUUUGUACUCGUUUUGUGCUGUGUGACGCGUGUCGCUUCAUUUUGCAGAGUGUAACAAUAACGACAUGAGAUGAAGUGAGCCUGAAACAUCCAGCUAUUGUACAUUGUUUUUGUCUGUGUAAUUAUAGUAAAGAUACUUAA